AUGGCAGUUAGCAGUACAGUACAGUACAGUACAGUACAGUCUAUGCUUAGUACCGGUGUGCGGUGGCUUUAUUUGGGUACAGUAACCAUCUCUAGGAUCAUAUUUGGAGGUUUGGAGCAUCACUGAAUGAUGCGGACCCUCAUCUGAGCGCGGAAACGGAGUGUUACUAAGUGUGGAGAGGGUGGAGAGGGACCAGAACAAGUAAAUAUGGUGUGUUUAAAUACCAUCAAAGUGACAGACAUUUUUGGCAAAUAGCACAUUGCUAAACUGGACUAUUUUAUUUUUUCCUUUAUUAUAUUUCUGUGUUGACCGGUUAUCACAAGUCUACUAUUCCUCUUUGACAGGUUGUUGCUAUGAGGAAAAGACCGUUGCUAUGAAGACGCAGCCUGAUCACCCACGUCAAAACAAAUCAAUCCGCUGAAAGAAGUCCGGAAAGUUCCACCUCUGCCCUUUUUGCCAUAUGGCAAAACUUCAAACCUACUGAACCAUGGAGAACCUGGAGAAUAUUUUAAAUAUUACUUUUGAUUUCUUUAAAGACCUUGAUCCUUUAGACUCUUCUGACCAGUCAGCUACAUUGACCAUUAGAAGAGAGGGGGAUAAUAACAACACAGAAAUAGUAAAGGAGGUGAAAAGACAUAAGGAACUAAGUGAAACAGACAUUGAUCAACUUGAAGACAGCAGACAUGAGGCAAACACAAAGCGGAACACAGUUUGGGCGAUGUCUGUCUUAAAGGACUGGUUGAAAGAAAAGAAAAUGUCUACAGACUUUGACAGUUAUAAAGCCGAUGACUUGAAUCAAGUGCUGAGGUCCUUUUAUGCAUCAGUUCAAAAUACAAAUGGAAAAACAUAUUCAGUUGCCAGUUAUAUAGCCAUAAGGGCUGGGAUAAGUCGAUAUUUCGCAACGUUUAAUAUUAUGACUUCUCCGACCUUCAAAUCUAGCAACGUGGUGUUUCAGUCUGUCAUAAAAAACCUUCGAAAAAAUGGACAAGAUGUCAGCCACCACCCUCCCAUCUCAGCAGCAGAUUUGCAGCUCAUCAGAUCUUCAGAGGUGCUGUCUCCACACACAGCAACUGGACUGGUUCGGAAAGUGUGGUUUGAAGUACAGCUGCACCUCACAUGGCGAAGCCGAGAAGGCAUCCGAGAACUAAAAAAGGACUCCUUUAUUUUGAACCGUGAUGAGAAAGGUAACGAGUAUAUUUCACUUGCUCAUGAUGUUGGCAACCACAAAGAUGCAAAAGACUUGUGUAAGGAAAACUACAAGGGAUGCAUCUUUGCAGAGCCAGGAAAUCCCAGCUGCCCAGUCGCCUGCUUUAAAAAGUAUGUAGCUCGUUGCCCUCCUGGCGCCAAAGCUUUUUUCCUUCACCCUCUUAAGAUUGACCAGCAAGUACUGAACAAACUGAUCGUGUGGUACACUCGUGAGCCAAUGGGACACAACUUUCUUGGAAAAUUGUUGCCUGAAAUCAGUCAGGCGGCCGGGUUAUCCAGGAGAUACACUAACCACAGCUUGAAGAGCACAGCAGUUCAACUCCUUUCACAGGCUGGACUUGAGAGUCGGGAAAUAAUGUCAGUUACCGGGUACAGAUGUGAGAGCAGCCUGAAGAGCUACGGGGUCCCAACCCUUUGUGAUAGAGAGGAGUCAAGCAAGGACCAGACCUGCAAUCCAGACAACAGCAGCAGAGCAGGUGAGUGCAUCUCUGCAUGUCUCUGCAGGAUUAUGUAUGGAAAGCGGGUUGUAAUAGCUGAAUGGAACAUCUUUAGGGUGAGCAGGACCUUGACAUGGAGCAGAAAGGUCUUCAAGGACUCACUUUGAAGGGGUUGCCCCUCUUUCACAACCUGUUCACCAUACAUUAUCCCGCUUAUUACAUACAUUACCCCACUUAAUUUAGGAUACCAUGGGGGUCGAAUUUGCUCAGGUCAAAAACAAAACCAAGUAAAUAUGUGUUGGUUUGCCCAAAUAUCUUAUGUUCAAUAACUUCCUCAAGUAUAUAACUGCAAACAUAAAUCUCGUUAUUAUGAGAAAAGAUCUCUUACUUGGGAUGAGAAAAGGUGCCAGAUUGGCCACUGCUUCACCCAGAGGUAAAUUCAUAGGAAAGCACAUUGAAUUUAAUGUGUGUAAUGAGUAAAUAAAAGACAUACUGUAGCCACACCAAAACAACAAACUUAUCUGACCACUCUUACUAACUCCUCACUCACACACACACACAUCAGACCCUGUCUCUCUCUCACUCAACCCCCCCCCCCCAAUUAUUGGUAGACCAAUAAUUAUACAAAUAUCAUAUGAUCUUGUGGGCCAGAUAUAAUUGUUCCACUGGCCAGAUUUGCCCCCCGGGCCUUGAGUUUGACACCUGUGACAUGUGCCCGAGCCAUACACAUUCACUGACGGUCAGAAACACAGAACACUUAAACAUUUUAACUGGAACAUUAGCCUGCUGCAGGGUCUCCAAAAUACUAAUAUUAAUCCCAUCCUCAUUUCUUAGAAACUUUGGGAUUUCCCAAACCGAGAGGGUAGUAAGAGCAGAUUUACUGCGAUAGCACCAUCAUUUCCACUGAGAGAGGAUUUACAGACCUUUCCUUUAUCUUUUGUUGUAAUUUCGGGAUAAGGUGUCUGAUUUCUGUUUUAUCCAGGGAAUGCAAUACGCCACAGAUGUCAAGGAAGGAACAAUUAUAUCUGGCCCACAAGAUCAUAUCCUAUUUGUAUCAUUAUUGGCCCACCAGUAUGAAGUCUGCAGAUUUCCUCCAGUAUAAUGAUGUAAAUUUUAGCACCAGUAUUUAAAAUGUCCUUAAUAAGCCACGAAAAUCUGGGAAAUUCAAGAGUAAGGAAGAUUUGAUAUAUGGUCAAGACUGUGGAGAAAAAAUAUUUGGUGGUUCAUUUCAUGUUUUCAAUUUUGCAUUUCAAGAUUACAGGUCAAACAUGAUUGGAUUUUUUUAUUUCAUGCUUUGAUUUUGUUCAACUCAGUAUUUAGACUUGUUCAUUUUUAUACUUUAGAUUCCAAUUUUAAAUUUUAAGUCAUAUUUUGACCCUUUAAACCUGAUUUCAACAUUCUCCUCAUGUAUUUGCUCUUUUGAACUAAUAAAUUAAAAAUAGUAUAAAAGAUUAAAAUAAAAGGAAUUUUUUCUAUCUCAGCUUGCCUUUAAAAUUAUCUUUUUUGAAUAUCCAAAUAAUUUAAAUCAUUGCUGUUUUUGUUACAUAUUUUUUGAAAAGGAGGUUGACAGUUUUGGUGAAAUUUUGGCCCUCAGCAGUGGCAUGCACAGGUAGACACUAGGUGGUGCUAAAGCACCUGCCCUUUGUCCUCUGGACCAAGCAAGUACACUUUUGGGAAUUCACUUUUUUUUUUUUUUUUUUUUUUUUUUUUGUGGCCCAUGCUGACAUGAUCACCUAUAGGUGCUCGUUGAUUAAGCGUGUGAUAAUAAUUCCCCAGUUAAUAUUCCCUCUACCCCCCACCCCACCCGCACACACCUCUGUCAAUGUGAACGCGCAGAGCAGACACAAACGGAGGCGCGUUGUAGACAGUGCACAGCUGCAGCCCAAAUACACUCCCUCGGCUCCUCCCCUGCCCACCAGCCAUGUAUCAUAUAAAUGAAUCGAGUUGAGCAUGUUGUUUGCCCCAUAAGCCUCAGUUGCAAAGCUGUAACUUGCAUUUAUUUUUCUGUGUUGUGAAGUAGCCUGUCUCAACGCCACACAGCUGGGCAUAAAUUAGCCGACUGCUCACCUGUUUAACAAGCUAGAAGCGACCCCAAAUCGGUGAUAGAUAUAUGACGUGAUGAUGACCACCAGUAGAGUUUGUCAUUGGUAUCCUACAGCAUGUGAAUUUAUCAAUAUACUUACAUAAGAUGAAUAUUUAGUUAGUAGGCUAUUGUGUUGGUUUACAUAAGGAUACAUAAUUAACACUUGCAGUUUUUUUUUCUAAAAACAGGCAAUUCCCAAUUGCCUCCAGAAAAAGUAACCCUGUGCCUUGUUGAAAUACAACCAAACAGUCUUAUUUAUAUCGUUGGUCUCUUUUUAUUUACCAAUUCCAGCAUAAUGCCUAGAAAGGAGAGGAUAAGAAGGGAAAGAGAAAGGGAGCUCCAGCAUGCAGCCCAGGGGAGCAGCUCUCUGCUUUCCUGGAUAAAAGCAUCCACCAGCAGCAAGGAGGAAGAUGAAGAUGAAAAGUCAGAGUCAAGAGUCAUGUUUACUGUUUAGGGUAUUUUAAAGCUCAGAUUUUAAAGUUGACUUUUUCCUCUAAUUUUACUAAAAUAUUUUUUUACUGAAAAAGGUUGUCCAUAUUUUAUUUUAACUACACAAAGUGGUUUGGCUGUACUGAAUUAGGCAUUAAGCUAUUUUAGCUAAUGAUAUUAUCUUGUACCAACAUGUUAUUUCUGUGUUGCAAGACUUGCAAUAAUCUUGUAUUUACCUUAAUAGGCUAUAUUCAAUAUUAAAAAUAGACUAUUACUAAAACUAUUAUUAUUCUAUCCUAGGCAGCUACAGCAGGGAAGCAGUAGUGUGAAACCAGUUCAAAGGUCAAGUAAUUUUAUUGAGAUAUUGACAUAAACAAAUAUGCAAUUACAUUCAACAUGUGCCUGUAAUGUUGAUUUAUUUUUUAGAUCUCACAAUACUAUAAUAACGCAGCCGUCAGUUCUACAUGCCGCAUAACGUGCCCUUAUUUUUCACUGAGCACCUGCCCCCCAAAAUGUCUGUGCACGCCACUGGCCCUCAGGUUAGCCCUAAAUCCAGAUUAUGGUCCUUGCUGAGUUUGAGUUUGACACGCUAACACAGGAGGGGAGUUCCUGCCGACGACACGAUUUUUGGCGCGUUCUGUGAUUAUGACCCUCGGCCCGCCCCGUGGGAAAUGAGGAAGGAUACAGCAGUUGCGCUGUGAAUGGCAGAAGCAGAAGUAAACCUCAGGCAGAGAUGGAUAAAAGAACGUGUAUAUUGAAUGGAAAGUUUAACUACAAAACCUUGCCAGAUGGUUCCCUUGACAAGAGCAAAGUUGUUUGCAUUUACUGUCGAUGUGAAAUUAGUUACCACCGCAGCACGUCGAGCCUCACAUACCACCUGAUGGCCAAGCACACGGCGGAUGCAGGGAGACCUCCUCCCCGUCUACUUAGGCAGUCCACGCUCACCUGUUCAAUCUUUUUUCAGGUUGAUCUCCAGACUUAAACAGGCUGAGGAUGAAGAUGAAGCUGUACUUUUUAGAUGUCUUGAAUAGCUCACUUUCAGAUUUUUAAUCAUCCAUGAGCCCACUGAUCCUUUUACACAGUCAAGGCUGCAGCUGAAAUAUUAGGUCUGAGUCUGUCAUCCACACCACAAGAAUGAAUCCGAGCAUGUUGAAAUGUAAGGGAAUAAAUGAGAGUUGUUGUGCAGGUGCAAUUCAUUCCUGAUUUUCAUCAUUCAAAUCAAAGCUGUAGAUUUUGAGAUAUUCUUACAAUUGUAUUGUUACAUGAAAUGCUAAAAGUCUUCUUUUUUUUUUUAGGUCAAAUGAUUAAAAAUUUUAAUCAGAUUAAUCACAUGGUUGCUGUGGAUGAAUUUGGAUUAAUCUCAGUCUAAUAUUCAAUUUUAACCUAUAUUAAUCGUGUUUCAAUUUGCAUGAGCAACGAGACUCCAGAAUGCCAAAGUGUUAGCAGGAUCCUCAACAAACGUAUGCUUUGCGUUAAUGUGGUAUUUUAAAGGUAGGGUAGGUGGGAUUCCGUUAAAGAAGCAUCUUUUUUUGUGGUGUAUAUACAAAAAGCUUUUAAUAUCAGUCAAUAGCUAUUAGUUAUUGAUGACAUUUGGUAAUAUAACGAUAUUGCUGUGUUUUGUUAUGCUUGUGUAGUCAACAUUUAAAUUUUUUAUGAGCAGCCCGCUCUUUCUGACUGUAAACAAAGCCAUUAUCCGUCUCCUCCAACCUGAUUGGUUGUGAGGCAGACGCUGCUCCCCCAUGUUGUGAUGCACUCCACGUCCUCGAAUAACCUUCACGAACCCAAGGUUAGUGUGCUACAUAAUCGGACAGUAAAAAAGCAACCAUAAAGUCUGGAAAAUUGUCUGAAUCCUCCUUAGGCCAUGACUGCCAACACAAGCAAGAAAACGAAGUAAAGGUCCUUUCACACCAGGACUGUUUUUGUCAUGCGAUUAUUUCGGACGUCGAUAUUAUUUUUCGAACCCGUAUCCUGCCAAUACAAGCGUUCACAUCAGCGACAUUUUCAGCAAUAUUGCGGCAUUUCUUUUUUUUCGGAUCAUGGUAGAUUUUUCUAAAGUUUCGCAUACUUUUCCAUUUCUGACCAAUCAGAUUGCGUGUUGUUGCGACGUCUGAUUCACCGGUAUAUCCAACAUGGGCAACCGGCUGAUUGUUGACGUGUCGGAGAACAGAGUGCUUUUUGAUGUGUGCUUUAACAGUUUGCUUAACGUCUUUGUUUUGUUUAUGUAACUGUUACUAACUACUUAGUUUUAUUUAUUUUGUUUACAUUUUUUGUUUAAAAAGUUUCAUUUAUUUCUUUUGAGAAAGGUAGGAAUGUCCAACCAUAUUAAUCAUAACUCUCCAAUUUUUAGCCAGAUUUUCACGUGUUUCAUUUUGUUACAAACUGCAGAGGUAUAGCAAUGAUACGGGACACUGUCACACAUUAAUAAUAAUAACCAAAAUUGUUUUUCAAUCAUACUUGUGAAAUGUAAUCCUAGGUGAUUUGGUUUCAAUACUGUGUCAUUUUUUUCAAUCAUAGGGUGCACAAAAUACGGGCAAUGCCGCAAUAUCGCAGGAUGGGAAAACAUUGCUGAUGUAAGCGCUUGUAUUGACAGGAUACGGGUUAAGAAAAAACAUUGCCGUCCGAAAUGAUCGCACAAAAAAAAACAGUCCUGGUGUGAAAGGACCUUAAGACAGUGCUAAAAAAACUAUGCUCAGCUUACUUGUAAAAGAAAAAAGCAUCCAGAAAGGUAAAAAAAAAGAAAAAGAAAAAAAAGACGUAACGGGAAGCAAGUCAAAAAGAAGAUAUGAAGAGAAGUUUUUGUAAUCAGGACAGUUAUUUUGGCACUUAACAGAAUAACAGUACCUGUGCUACCAGCUGGAAAUAUUAAAGAUUAAAAAGUGUUGUUGAUGCACUGAAAGUUUUUCAAUAUUUAUCUUGACUUUCAUUGUUUCUAUAGAUUGUUGAGAAAAUAGAAACAAGUUACAAAGUCCUCAAAAUGUGCAGCAAAAUUUCCAGCUCUACUUUAAAUGAUGAAAUGAGGGAAAGAUUCAAACUCAGGACUUGAGAAAAGGUUCUUUCACUCUUUCUUCGAACCAUCUGCUGUUGAGGUAGUUUUGUUGCAUUGGGUAUAAACAGGAUGAAAAAUCAAUUGGCCCAACUGCCUCCCAACAGCUCAACGUGGUACUCAUUUAUUUAUGAUAUCUAUUUUUGUCUUUUUUUUUUUCUACAUGUGUUAUUCUUCUAUAUUGUCUGUUAGUUGUGUGGGCUUCUAAGCAGAUAGCCCCCCUUGGAUCGUUGAGUUGGCUUGAUCCUAAUAGGACUAGAGCUGCUCUCUUACAGCCAAAAAGGAAAGCGAUAAUAAAGUAAGUGUGAGAAAGAGGACGUAGUGACGGUACAUUUUAUUCUGUGUUUUCUUGUGAUUGGAGAAGGGGACAGCACUGUCCACCAGUUGGCGGUAAUGCAACGCCAUACCUACAUUAUGCCAUUGAAAACCAACGAGGAAGAAGAAAAAGGAUCUUUUUCUAUCAACCCAAACUCAAACAGCUAGCCGACAACCUGCAGGAAAAAAGAGAAGAGUCCCGGUCCAGAAACAUGGAUCUUAUCAGCAAACCACGGGGCAAAUCUAUCGUGUGGAUGUACUUUGGCUUAAAGGCGGAUGAAAAGGGACAGCCGCUGAAUUCUCGCGAGGCCGUUUGUCGUUUAUGCCGAAAAGUAGUGCUUUCCAAGGGUGGCAAUACCACCAAUUUAAGAAGUCAUCUGAGACGUCGACACCGUGCAGAUUUUUUCGAGCCCACUCCUUCCACGACCUCCGGAUCUUUGUUUGGGUUUCCAGGUGAUUUACUGCCAUAUUCUGGCUAUUAAAGCGCAGUUUGCAGAGUCUGUAAUGCACUGUUUUGCAACCAGUUUCAAUCAAUCCUCCAACGUCAACCAUAGAUGUGCAGUGCAAGUUCCGAUAUGCACAGUUCAUGAAGGUGCAUUGCUGCAGGAAGGUGACCAUUGGUCGUGUGUUCGAUAGUCGAUGUAUGGUUUGGUACCCUCACUGUACGAUAUCACUCUUUAUAACACCGACCACGUGGUAUCGCAUAGGUUGUAUAACUUAAUAUAAUGCUGACUUUAUGAGCAAAAUCGAGUGUGUUUAAUAUGUCAGAUCAAUGCGUGUAACCCCGAUUGGCAACUCUGGACUAUCACUGUGUCUGACUGAGAGAGUUCCGUUCUUAUAAUUUGUUACUCUUAAUUCUUUGUUUGAGUCACAUCGAGUUUCCAAGCAAAACUGUUCAAUAUCUUCUACAUGUGUCUCUCCAAUAACAGCUUCAUUGUAUUGGGUCGUUUUUAUGUCACGCUUGUGCUCUGCAAAAAAAUUGAUUUUCGCAAUAAACAACUACCCCCACCCCCAAUCCCCGUGCGCAUGCGUAGAUGUGACAACCUGCCAGCGGUUGAAGUCUUUUUACGGUAGUGACAUGCCAGUAGUGUUGCCAUGGCACCUCUUAGCAGUCCAUUGUAAGGCGCUGGUAGAGGCGAAUAGGAAUAUACAGAGAAAAUGGCAUUCGGUUUGAGUUAUUUAUUAAUGUACUUUUGUACAGUGUGUCGCAAAUAUCAUCAGACAUGCGGUUGAUGCAACGGUUGGCCAGGCAGAGCCGCCAUCUUAAACGUUUUUAGUAUCGUUUGGACUGGUCCUGUCUUCAAUAUCAGCUGAUAACGUCCAGGGUAUAAUCACCAUACAGCACCGUCACCUGACAGAGAGCUCGGUGCCACUCCGCUUUGUUUUCAUGACUGAAUCCUUCGCUUCAUUUGAAAGUUGAUACAAAGCUAGAGCAGAAACAGCCUGUGGAGCUAAUGGCUAACAUUAUGGAUACAGACAAGAGAGCAUCUGGACAGAGUUUUGUGUCUGUGGAUGCGGGAUUUAAAGAGAGGAUUAUCCUGAAAGAGGAGGCAGAGUCUGAAGAAGAGGAGGAGGAGGAGGAGGGUGAGGUAAAUUACAAUGACAUUGCCAGACAUGCAGUUGUUUCAGACUUGGAGCUGGAUGAACUUGAAAUCAGCAGAUCUGAAAUAAGUAAGCUCACAAGGAAGCAAACAACAUGGGCUGUGAGUAUCUUUCUGGGCUGGCUGGAGUCUCAGGGGCUCCAUGUGGACCUGAAUACAGUGGAGAAGACUGAGCUGAAUGGGAUGCUUAGACAGUUUUAUGGAUCAGUCCGAACCAGCAAAGGAGAGAUGUAUGGGAUUGCUAGUUAUGUUGCACUGAGAGCUGGACUUAACCGUUAUUUCAAAGAUCCUCCUGUGAGCCGCCCUGUGUGCAUUAUGAGAGACGUUGAGUUUACCUCAGCCAACAAGGUCUUCUCGGGAAUGCUCAAGAGAAUUAGGCAGUCCGGUCGAGACAGAGCACAGCAUCAUCCGUCAAUGACUACUGACGAUAUCCGCAUCCUCAGACAUUCAUAUGUGAUGGACAGCUGCACUCCAAGGGGUCUUCUGAAUAAAGUCUGGUUUGACAUACAGGUCUAUUUUGGUCGCAGAGGGAAGCAAGCCAACAGGAAUCUGAAGCCAGAUUCAUUUGUAAUCAAACAAGACGCAAAGGGACUGAGAUACUGCACUUUAUCUUUUAGCAAUGAGACAAAAUUUUAUAAUAGAAAGAACCAAUGUUAUAUGUAUGAAAAGCCAGGCAAUGAAUUCUGCCCUGUUACUUCUCUUUUAAAGUACCUAAGUAAGCUCCCAUCCAAUGCAACGGCUCUUUACUUACAGCCAAAAAGGGAGAUCACAAAUGAAGUAUGGUACAACAAUGCCCCACUUGGGGUCAAUUAUCUGGGCUCAAUGCUUUCUCGUAUGUGUAAAGAAGCACACACAUCGGUCACCUACACAAAUCACUGCAUUAGAAACACGCCCCUUCACCACCUGUGCAAUGCAGGACUUGAGGGGAGAAUGAUAGUUCCUGUCAUCAUGCACAGGUAGGAUGAGUUGAUUCACUUGUUGCCAUUUUGUUUGAAUUUAUCCCGUUGCACCUGCUGAAGUGAGGAAAAUAUCACUUUUUUUCACCAGGGUUGUAAGCACCCUUCAAAGUCGGUCAACACCAUCACUUGGGAGCAGUAAGAAGUGGAGAAAGAUUUUGCCUAAGAGCGAUUCGUCUACCCCAGCAGGUCUACCACCGGAUGACUGGGCAAACAUUAGAGAUGUUUACUCAAGCACACAGUCUGCACUACCAUGGCAGUUUCCUUACUGUGAUAGAGCUUACAGUCUGCGUUAAAUCGCAAGAUAAAUGUUGUAACGAAGUUGACAUUAAUCAGGGAAGUACAAUAAACUUGAUCCAAGCAUUUCUGUUGUGCAGACACAAAAUAAAUCUUAUUAAACAAACCUCAAGCUUCUGUCUUUGCUAUAAACAAUAAUGAAAAUGUUUAAAAAUUUGAAACAAUCAAAAUAUUGCAGUACAUCUCCAAAAGAUCUUUGAUUUUCCAUGUGGUGCUUUCUUCAGAUAUCUCAGAUUUAUCCAAAUCAACAAAACAAACAGAAAACAUCCCUUAUGACAAUGCAUUUUCUUACUUGACGGUGAACUUUUAAUAUCCGACAUUUAUUCCACACUUUACAAACCCUUUCUCCAUUUUUGCAUUUCAGGUUUGGAUUCAAACCAUGAAGAAUUCCUUGAUGAUUUCCCGUUUCUACAAAGUACUACAAACCAGAGCUAUGUCCCAGAUGCUGUGCUGCCACCUGGAGAGCCCUGGCUUCAUGGUGGCCCUUCUCGUGCAGUGCUGUCCCUGCCCUCUUGCCUUAGUCUAUGCAAGGAAAUUGGUACCAGUUCCGGUACAUCUGGUCCAGGCUCCUCUGUGGAGGAACAUAAGGAAGAGCUGAAGGUGCAUGCCAGAUGUCAUCUUCAGCAGGGAGUCAUGUUUGGACCGUAUUUAGGAGAAGUGUGCAGAGGACAAAUGCCGACAAACCUCAAAUAUGCCUGGGCUGUAAGUAGAUAUUUGCUGUACUGCAUUCUUUGUGAAUUUGUGUUUUGUUCUCUGACUUACCUUGAUAACCAGCAGAAUUACCAUAUAACACUGGUCAUGUGCACUUUGCUUCAAUUAACAGAUCAGGGAUGAUGCUGCUUUUAUCUACGUCGAUGCCUCUGACGAGAACAAAUCUAACUGGAUGAGGUAGGCAGUUCUUAAUGAUUCCUCAAAUGAUUUCAUGUCAGAGCAGUCUUGUUUUUCUUUUUCCAUUUUCUGUUUUUAUUUGACCUUGUAACUGUGUGCAACAAACUGUGGUUUGUGUUGAAUACAUGGGCUCUUAUUCUGCUGCCCACAGUUACAAAGCAUGUGUGUUUUUUAAAUUUCAGGUAUGUGACUUAUACCAGUCGUGAGGAGGAGCAAAAUCUGGUCAUCUUUCAGUUUUACCGCCACAUCUAUUACAAGGUAUCCCAGCCCAUCACAGAGGGAGCUGAGCUGAAGGUCUGGAUUGGCAAGGAUUAUGCCAGCUUGUUGGGUCUUGGGAUGGGUGAGUGAGAGGCAUGAAAGGAUAUUUAGUAGUUCAGUAAGUGAAAUUGAUAUUUGAUUGAGCUGUGUUCUUAUGCCUUUCUUUUGGUUGGAUACUACAGGUGACAACGUGAAAUGUGAAUAUGGUGACAAAGAGACGGUUUUGCGCCUUCUGCAGGACAUCCAGCUGGUCACCCUCCCAGAGCCCAGCAGCUCCUCCCUUUGGUCAGAUCACAGCCAAUCACAGAGUCCCAUGCCUAUCAUCAGCGAUGUGACAACUAUGUCAAACACAGACCCGGCUUGUGAUUCAGACAUGGCACCUGGAUCUGCCUUUCCUUCCUCCUCGCAAUCCCCAAGCUUUCUACUGGGGGAAAAGUAUGAAUUUCUGCCUGGAACUGAGAAACUGCUGAGUAAUCCGAGUGUUUCGCAGCAAAGCCCGUGGUACUUCUUUGGCUUGGAGCCAGACCCAGCAGGUCGCCCUCUGGACCGAAGCACUGCAGUGUGUAAGCUGUGUGGGGAUCGUGUGGGCUGUGGAGGAGGUGUGCUGGAUCUCCAAAACCAUCUGACCAUUAAACACCACAUCAGACCACGUGAAAGUAACAAGGAGCGGAGCUUUCAGACUACAGGUAAUAGUCAUUGUCCCCAGCUUGGUGUUGGAAAAUAGAAAAAAAAAUGUUCUUUUUCAUAUUUAUUUAUUUUUUGUUUAAUUUCUAUGUUAACUGUAGAAUCAGUCAUAAUUACGUUUCUUAAGACCAUAGUAAAAAUGCAGCACAUGGUAAGGAUGUCUGAAUCUAAACGAACCGAUCAAAGCUGAUUUGGGCAUUUUAUAACUAAACAAGGAUCUGAUUAAUCUCAGCCACAGACACUGAGACAUAAACAUCUCUGUGAUGUCGUCGUUGAUUUUUGAAGCCUGUCGAAGUUAGUGGCUAUAUUGGAAAUUCUGACUCAGUGUCACAUUCGGUCAGCGAACAAGGCAAAGAGGGAACCCCCGAGAGCAUCACUUUUUAACCACCUUUUUCUCUUUGUGAUGUCAGAAUGCAUUUAAAGCAAACAGUGGGUCGCCAUGGAGUAAAUGAACAUUAUGAAGCGUUGGCUCCGUUGGUCAGGAGUGGUUAUUUAAAUGUUGCCACUCUGUUGAGUUACCUUCCAGAAUUAAAAAAUACUCAAAAAUCUUCUUUCUUUUGAUGGUGUUAUGUCAUAGUUAGAAUGGCUCUGAUUUGUAAAGAUAGCCUGUCAAGCUUUUGGGUAAACCUGUAAUCAGUACCAAAAAAGCCAGAGCCCCAGUUUGACCUCUUCUGCUGAAACAGUCUGGCUUCAAUGCUGCUGGUUGUCUCAGGUUUAGAGGUCAGUCGACAUGUUUAUUUUUUUUUAGUUAAUAGUACACCACAGUUUGCUUUAAAUGGUGGAUUCUCUCACACCAGGGGAAGAAGCUGGUGAGAGUGGGGCUGCCAGCCAUAUACUUCCAUAUACUUCCAGUUACGCAGCCCGCUUAGUGACGUGCCUACAUGUGAGCCUGGCGUGGGGAGACCCAUCCACAAUGGCCGCAAAGCUGGAUUACGCUCUGGCACGUUAAGAAGUGUCUGUGUACACUGGCUGUAUCUCAAUUCAGGAUCUGCAUAUUGCUGAGUACACUGCUAAGUGCACUCUGCACCCUGCAUGUGUGUCUCUUAGUAUCCUGCAUAAGGUGGAUCGACUUUUGUGGUUUGGGAUGGUCUACUCUCUGAAGAACUCCCGGGUUGCAUCACCAAAUGUCCCCACACCCAGGCUUAUGUCAUGACUUUACAGAUCAUUUCCACAAAAUGUCUCCCAUGAUGGCAUAUGUUUUGGCAGCUUUUUAUGUCUAAUGUUUUUCAUUAUGGUAGCAAAGCGGAUUGGAUCUUUUCUAAGGAGUGUAAUGUUUGGUUUGCAGGUGCAGAUUUAAGUGAGUAAAGAGAGCAUGCUCAGGUUCCAUGAGUGCAUAGUGUGUAAACUUAGAGGAAUAAAGUCAGAAAUAAAGUAAAUAAAAAUCACGAAACUGCUUUUGUGGAGGGGAAAAUGGCUGGAACUUGUCAUUCAGAGGGCUUUUGUGGUCUCUCAAGAAACAAUCCAACUGAUGAUCAACAUUUCGAUCCAGGGGGGAGUUGAGCUCAGACAAGCACCACUUCUCUGAUACCGGCAGUAACCUACACCUGCAGAGGCACCAAUGCCUUAUGGCAUCUGGAUUAAUAUGAUAAACGGAAGCCCAAUGCCCUUGCUGCUAACAGCUGCUUUGACAGAUUUAGCCUCUGCACAGCCAUUUCCAGCCAUUUCCCCCUCCACAGAAGCAGUGAUUUCCUCCAAGUCUGCCUGUUUUUUUCCGCGGGAAAGAUGCAUUUCUUGUAUAUUCUUUUAAGUCCUGAUACUUACGACAAUGUGCCAAAGGAUUAAGUAUCUCCUUACUUUUGAAACCUAUACUUUAGUACCAUUCGUUGAAAUGCUCUAAAAUGGCCCUAAUUUUAACAACUCUACUCUGAAACAACAGGUAAUUUGAACUUUAUUCUCAUAAACCAGUGACUUUAUUCUUGUGAGUUUAUGACUAUAACUUAAAGGUCUUGAAAAACACAUUUUUUUCUUAAUGUGGCCCUAAUACUUCUUUGUACAAAACAUAUGCCAUCAUGGAGAAAUUCUGUAGAAAUGAUCUGUAAAGUCUUUUCCUCCUUUCCGUUGUCACUUUGUUUUUUGUUGUAUUUAGUAACUCCUGUGUGCUUGUAAGUACGUAUUUUUUUUGUAAGUAUUUUUUUAUUUUAUUAUUUUUUUUGUGUAAGCCUAUGUAUCGUCUGUACCCAAGGUGGCACAAUUAAAAAAAAAAAAAAAAAACCUGCUGCGCUUUUCUCCAAGUCAGUCGUCAAGUGGCCUGAGGGCGGAGACAUUUGGAGACUCAACCAGCACGUACUCUGGAGGGUUUUUGUUGUUUUUUUUUUUUUUUAUUGAAUUAUAAACAAAUAAACAAGGCAAUUAUAUAUCAUAACAGAAAAUUAUAGAAUAUUUGCCUCAGAUUGAGCAUGAAUAACAUCAAGAGAGAAAAAAAAAACACAAUUUCAAUGUUAGAGGCCAUUCUAUAUAAAUUCGAACAUUUCUAGUAAACAUUUCUGUAUCAAGCAGCGUAAUCGGUCUGAGGCAGGGGUGGGAUAUCAUGUGCCAUGGAGGGCUGAGAGGCUGCAGGUUUUCUUUCCAACCCAAAACUCCACCAGGUGAUUUCACUGAUUACCUCCCCUCCAAGCAGAGAGCAGGAACUAAUCAGUGAAAUCACCUGGUGGAGUUUUGGGUUGGAAAGAAGACCUGCAGCCUCUCUGCCCUCCAUGGCACAUAAUUGACCACCCCUGGUCUAAGGUUAUCCAAUAUACUUAUAGACCGUCAACUUUUUACAAAGGUUGAUCCACCUCACACACAGGAGCUGCGUCCGAAUUGCCAAGUAGUAGUCGAAGUAGUAGUCGAAGUAGUAUCUAGCAUGUCCGAAUUGGCCACCGGAGCGAGUAGCAUGCUACUUCAGAUACUACUUCAGAUGCUAGACACGCCCACAUUGUAGGUUGGUCUCGGUGCAUCCUACGGGCAUGCUACUGACCCAAAAUGCACCGCGGGCUUCUUCUUCGUCCUCUUAAAAGUUGUAGAAGCGCAUGUGAUGCUAGCGCCACCAGCCGCUCUGCCUAUUUAAAUGUGUCGCGAACGCCGGCUGGCCGCAGCAGCGCGCACCAUGUCGGAGCAGCAGCAGCAGCAGCAGCAGGCGGGACCGCAGCAGUACAGAUGUAAGUUUCAUGUAACUUCACACACUGUCCUAAAAAAUGUGCGGUUGUAUCUCUUUGUCAUGUCAUGGUGUCAUAUUUGCCCAAGUAAUCAUUUUAUGAGCAAGUGGCGAAAUCAUGGAGGUAAAGCUCACUUAUUCCAUCAUUAAACUGCACAGCUGCAGUACUACAGCCAGGCCCGCAGAUGAGGGGCUUCAGUUACCACUGUCUGCACGGGCGCAGUACCUACUCUCUGCCUGCGGGGGUCGUCUUUCCCCACCGCUCGUCUAGUGUGUCCGAAUUGGGCCAACGUUUUUAGUAUGUAGGAGUAGGAUCUAGCAGUAGCACGUAGCAGUAGCAUGUAGUAUCCGAGCGGGCAGUUCGGACGCAGCAAGGGUACUCAGGCUGCAAACGCAGGGCAGUGCUCUCAGCAGUGUGCAAACCUUGAUUUCAGGCACAGCCUACGUCACCACAGAAUCCACGUCUGCGGUCGUAAUCUCGCGCUGAUUUGCGGCAGGGUUCAGACGCGGGAGGAUUCGAGAUCAUGAGUCCGGGUGUAACCAUGUCUGCAGUGUGGAGCUAUUUUCAUAUCGAAAAUAGAUGGAGCAGAACAGCAAAAUGCUGUUUGUGCCACAGGGCCAUUCCGCGAGGCGGUUCAACUUUAGCCAAUUACAAUACUACCAACUUGAUCCGACACCUGCGGGUGAGACACGCAGAGGAGUACCGAGCCUACACCGCAGCUACAGAGGAAAAUCGGCUGCGUCGGAUGAGCAGGACACGGGUCAUAAUAAAGAAGGAGAUAAACCACCUAGAAGACGAAACGGCCGAAAAUGAUAUGCAGACGGGGAUAGAAACUCCAGUUGUGGACAAAAAGCCUAUCUUUGUGGUGGGAAAAGCGGAUUUGAGUCGAUUUUUGGAGCUUUGGGGUUCACAGUAUGUCCUCCCAUCUGGACUCUCCAUUCAAGACCUAGACCCAGACUCAGGCGAAACCUCAGAAGGUGAUUAAAACGUGAUUUCUUUAAAUGUGUACAACAAAUAUAACUUUGUAACCCCGAGUCUCUGCACACUAGAACCUUCUUAGCGUGUUUUCUCACUUGGGAAUCGAGAACCAGUUCUUGUUGAGAAUAGUUCAAUCCAUUUACAUCGUUUACAUUUUAUCUUAUCGAUUCCUUUCUUCCGGGUGCCUUUUAAAAAAAAAAAAACGUCUCGCGAGAGCCAGUCUACGCCAACGAGAACUGAAACUUUGAGGGAAAAAACAUGGCGUUCGGUGCGAAAACAAGGCAGAAACGAUCCAAAGUGUGGCUUCAUUUUACCAAGAGAGACGACAACAGCGCGACAUGCUUCUUAUGUCGAGCAGUGAUAUCAUGCACAGGUGGAAACACCACCAACUUGCUCAGACAUUUGUCAACGGUGCACAGCAUCAGACAUAAGGGGUCACAUGUAUUAGAUGUUCUCAGCCGGUCGUCAGUCGAUGCUGCUCCGUCUGAGCACGAUGUGGAGGGUACGUAUGUCCACCUGUGUUAACAUUAAGCACAAUGUAUGCCAGACUUAACAUGUCUUCUUUAUGUGGGAGGGGGUGUCCGGGGGAGUUUGGAAAGUCCUUCAAAUGGAAGUCUAGAGUUUGUGUGGGUUGGACUCAUUAGAAGCGCGUAAAAAACACUUGACCCGACACGAAAAAUCUCCAAGAUUACGCGCGGGCGACUGUAGUAGUGUCCUGUUUUUGGGGAUCCAGAAUAUGGUCACCUUAAUUUCACUUUAUACCAACCGAAGUAAAUGCUGUACAAAUAGUUUGUCGUUUUAUUUUUAGACUCUCAGUGAAGGUGACAAAAAUUUUUUCUUUUAUCACAGACUAUAAAAUUUUGAGUCAACAGUGAAAACCUAUAGUCUACUUUAAAAAAAAAAAAAACAGGUAUCGAUAAGGGAAUCGAGGAAGAACAUUUAUGAACAUUUCUUUUAUCAUUUCCUUGAAAUAAUAAUCAUUUUAAUCGUUUUGCACUGCACACAUGGUAGUUCUCCUGCCUUAGCGUCUCGCUCUGAUUGCAUUUCCAUGAAGAAAUGAUCAUAAAUGUUCUUCCUUGAGCUGCAUCCCCCAGCUGCAGUAGAUGCCUCAGAGAGUGGGUGAGUUGAGUGAAACAAGAAAUCAGGCAAAGCUAAAAAAAUGUUUGGUGGCUAGUACUACGGCUGGGACCCUAUAUGUACUGUUGAUGAAGUUAGGUGCUGUUCUGAGCAUUAUUUGUGACUAUAGAGAGGCAUUUUGGUUGAGUGUGUGGCUCUCUGUAUUGCUAUCUACGGUCAUUGCUAAAGUUGGUAUAACUAUAGAAGCAAGCGGUCGUCAACACACCGGAAUAUCCCUUUAACAAUCAGUUAAAUGGCAGAAAUAAUAGGCAGGGACUUGUGUGGCCUAGGGUUACCUACAGUGUAACAGUGCCCUCUGCUGGUGAAACAUAUAAUAGAAUUUACUGCACUCCCACCUUCAUCAGUCAGUGGUAUGCAAUGAAUUUUUCCCCCUUUGGUAAGAAAGAUCUCGAACAAUGAAUCACUACAACCAAAUGAGCAGUUAUGUAUGUACAAUAAAUGUCUUGCAGCUCUAAACUGCUAAAAAAUGAAAAAAACUGAAAAAAAUCCGCCCUCAUUUUGAACCAGCUUUGUUCCCGUAUCUAAAGCUGUGAAGAUCACUUCCUAAAUGAAGUUUUGUUUUGUUUUUCCAAAACUAGGUCAACCGCGCCCUCAGCCAGUGACGGCCCUCAGCAGUCCCGUCAGUACUCUCCCCCUGGUUUUGUCUGUCCAUGUGGCUAACGCUAUCACCAACUUUGUCAUCAUGGAUCUCCAUCCUCCUGCUCUGGUAGAAGGAGAAGGCUUCAAACAGCUGAUCCACACCCUACUGCCCUUCUACAAGGAGAUGCCUUCAACCUCUCACCUUGAGAACCUCCUGAAGGAACACCACACUAAAGCCAAGACGAGCCUGGCUCUGCUGUUGAGAAAGAAAACUAUAAAGGAAGAAAAUGAGGAGCCUGACUACACUGCUCCCAUCGAAUUUGAGCCCAGGAGGCGAGGCAGACCUUCCAGCCGUGACAGGGAGGUGCUUCAUUUUAUCACUUUGAGUGUGGAUGUCUGGUUCCACAACUGGCAAGGCAGCACUGAGAGGUACCUUACCCUCUGGGCACAUUUCAUAGACGAUAGUUUUAGUUUUCAAAACCUGGCACUGGCCACGCAAAAACUGGCCGAGAACGGGGAAAAGGACUCCAGCCUUCGAGCAGUCGAGGCUCAAGUAAAAGCAAUGGCACAGGAGUGGGGAGUCUCCAAGCCAAAUCUGUUCGUGCUCGGAGGGGAGGCGAGUCACAAGAUGAGACUUGGGCCAAAAAAAGUGGGGAAAGGUGGAGAAGCUGCAGGAGGCAUUCCUCAUCCAAACUCUACAACAUUUCUCGAGAGGGAUGACUCUGUGUCGUCAGAGGAACGAAGCGGUUUGGAGCUUGGAGCAUCCAGUGAAGGACUACCCUCCGUGCCAUGUUUCUUCAGCGCAGUACGGGGCUGCAUUGAGGAAGUGAUGUCACACAGUGUUAUCUCCAAGACCUUGAAACAAUUCCAAGGUAUCCUGUCGACUUUUUUCCUGCCGCCAACACAAAACAAAGGCAUGAAUCUGCUCAAUAUCGACAGUCUUUUCCAGAACCUGUCAAAAGAAGACCGGGCAGAGCUCAAGCUGUGGGCUCACAGCAGGCCAACGUGGAAUAAGCUGUAUCCUGCACUCAACAUACUCAUCAAGAAUAAAAGUGUUUUCUGCGAUACGAUAAAAGAGAUUAAAGAAGAGUAUAAAGAAGACACUGCUUCAGAAUCAAGCUCAUCUGGUAGCUGCCAAGCGAACUCUACCUCCAGCACAUCCUCACCAAAUUUUACCUCCUUAAGGUCGGAAUGGAAGGUUCUGGAGGAGUUGUGCUCGGUUCUCAAACCUCUAGACGUAGCAUGUCGGACUCUCGCCAAGGAGGCAUUUCCCCGUCUGUCCCUCGUCAAACCCAUUCUCACAGGCCUGCUGUCUCGCCACCUGGUGCCACGGCCCGGGGAUUCCUCCUCUAUCCUGAAAGAAGUGAAGAGGAUGAUGAGGCGGAACUUGAUGAGCUGCUAUGACAACCCUGCAGUCAACAGAGUUCUGUGCAUCACAUGUUCCCUCGAUCCCCAGUUCCACGGGCUGGGAUUCAUGGAGGAAAGGGUAAGUCAUGAAGUCCAGCUGCAGAGAUGUCUGAUAAUUUAACUUAUCCUCAGUGGGUAUAACUUAUCUGAGUUCCACUAUGAACAAAUUUUCACCAGUUGAUUAUGUAUGUGACAGACAUGAAAAGGAUAAGAAGGGGGACUGAUUACUUGUUUUAAGUACAAUGUUAGUAUGGAAGCAGUCUGAGGAUUCUUUCAAUCCAGAUUAUUUAAAGAGGGUCCAAAUCACAGGCUGUUAUCUUACUUGGCUACGUUUGUUUGGAUGUAGGUAGACAGAGUAGUCACACUCGGACGCUGAGUAAAACAAGUUAGCCGAGAUCACCAUGAAUUGAUGGACCUAGAUAGAUAUAAAGCGAUCACAUUGUUGGGCUGAUUAAUGACGUUCUGAAAUAAUCUUGUAUGUCCAGUACCUGCACUUGAAUCAAUCACUUAAAAUGAAUAUUGUCUGCAGACACUGCUGGCAGUCUUACCAGUGUGCCUGCUGCUGGUUAAUGUUGACAUCUAAAUGAUAACAUUUGGAUGUCAACAACAUUAAACUAGUAAUAACAGAUGCAGUAAAACAGCUGCCAGGUGGAUUUGAUUACAGAUGGUUUGCAACAAUGCAUUAUUUUCUAGGGGUGGGAAUCUUUAUCUGUCUCACAAUUCGAUUCAAUUCCGAUUUUUGGAGCCUCGAUUCGAUUUAAAAUCGGUUUUCGAUUCAGAAUGAUUUUAUUUAUAAUGAUUUCUGAUCAUGAUCUACUCCCAUCUGCUGUGCAAGACAGAAUGACAAAUGAAGACAUUAAAUAGUCUUUUUCACAUUUAUUAAGCGUUAAGCAUUUAUCUAUGCUUAGAUGGAAUUUUUACAAGCAAUACCACAUACUGCUUCAGUAACAAAACUAAAAGUACCUCUUUAUAUAAAAACAGUGCAGUUAAACAUGCUGCAGCUCUGCAGCAUGCAUUGAUCUGCAGCUGGUGGCUUAGUCUGCUCCGUAAGCGUAACGUGAGCCCGCGCACUUGUCGUGUUGCCGAAAUGCUUAAUUCUAGUUUUACAAUGUCGGCACACUGCAUGUGUCGGUGUGUCCGGGCAUUCAGUAAAAUCCGAAAUGACGCCAAACUUUAGCUUUUAGUGAAGAUGGGGUCGGCUGGAUCUCCUUUUCCUCCAUCACUGUAUUUCCCUCUCUUUUUUGGUGCCUCCUGCGCAUGCAUGCAUUCCAGAACCAGCAGUGUGAUGAAGUCAGGACGUCCAGCGUAGUUCCAAAAUGGAGGCGGACAGGCAGCGGAUAUUUAAUCUUUUAAAAUCGUUUUUGGGACAUUUUAAAUAGAUUCUCAAUCGUAGUUAUUCUUGUAUGAAUCGAUUGUUUUGGCGCACCCCUAUUAUUUUCUCAUCUGAAUAGGACCCAGGUGAUGAGCCUAAAACUUGUCUUUUGUUAAUGAAAUCACAAAGAUGUGGGGAAAAAAGGGUACACAUGAAUUUACACUAAACAUUUCUGUUUUUGUUUAUUUAAGGAGCAGAUUGCCACCUUCGAUUGGCUGAAGAAAGAGGCUGUGAGGAUCGUGAAGGAGGACAGUAGGAAAAACAAAGUGAAGAAGCACAGUCAGGGCAAGAGGAGCCCCUCGCCUGAGUCACCAGAGUCCGACAGCGAAUACCUGCGGCGAAGCAAACGCCUUAAAGAAUCUCGCCCGAUCAACUUCAGAGAAAUGGAGUAUGAGGAUGAGGACAGUGAAGAAGAGGAGCCUGAUGAGAGUGAGGAUGUACAGGAGGGUGGCGGGCUCACUGGUAUGGAGUUCCUCCUGGGUGAUCUGUUCUCCUCUGUCCCAAAGAGCAAGCAGAGCUCGGUGGAGGAAUCUGUAGAUGUCGAGAUGUCUGUCUUCAAAGCCGAUAAAGGAGCUUCACUUGGAGUCGAACCCCUGCAGUGGUGGAGGAUGAAGGCCGCGCAGUUUCCUCUGUUAGCCACAGUGGCGCGGGUGUACCUGGCCGCCCCAGCGGUGGCAGGUAGUGCUGCACAGGAAUUUGUGCAGGGAGAAGCGCAGUCCAUCUACAGGAAGAGAGCCAACAUCCCACCUGAAAGUUUGGACUCCAUCUUGUUUCUGCACCACAACCACAUGCCCACUACUGAGAGUGGGCAAGUAGCAGUGAGGAGUGAUGACAGGAACAGUGGGAUUGAAAGGAUCCCAUAAACACACCAAUGACAUUCAUUCCUUUUCCAUAAGCUCAGAAACGAACCUUUUUGAUUAACUGUAACACAAUUGUUUCCUCCAGAUGACAGUUUAUUUAGUGACCCAGUUUUGUAUUGACUUUUUCUACCCUUCCGAACAGCAUUAUUGCGAAUACGCGAAACACUCGCGUAUCAACUGUAUUUUGUAAGUAGAGGGGUCUACUUACAUCUUGGACACCGUGUCCCCUCAUAAACACUGACUAUUGUGCAUUCUCACUUUAAAUGUUCCUGGUUCAUACUCAUGUCAUUUGGUAGCUAUUGGUUUUGAUAGUUUUGUUGUUCUUUGUGAUUAACGAGAGUCAUCCAAACGGUUCGCUAGCUAUAGCACAACUGGAGCUCGAGGUGAAAAAUCCAAAUGAAGUUGUGUGCGAGGGAACCUUUUUAUAAGAUAAACUACUGAUGAAACAAGUCAACAGAGCAACUGUGUAGAGCAAGAGAAGUGGAAACAGCUGAAGCAGGUUUGUAGUAAGAGACCAAAGGUGUAGAGGUUUGAGGGAAGAAGAGAAUCAUUAGUUUGUGAAUAACAAAGUAAAAAGAGGGUAUCAUGCUUUUUUAUAUUUACAAUAAAAAGAGACCGAAGCUAACAAGGCUUUUUCCCUGAUCUGUAAAGCUACUGAAAAGUGAUCAGAAAGGAAGUGAAGAGCCUGGAAAAUUUAAGAAUACCCUCGGAGAAGAAUAAAAAAAAAUGGAAAAUAACUUCUUAGAAACAGUCUACUGUGAACUAAAUACUCCUAGUAGAAAAAAAGCCCACUAUUUUCUUGUAGUAUUAAUUCUUCUGCCUAUAUUGCAGUAGAGGUAUUCUGUUAUUUUAGUCGUUGACAAAUUUUUGGUCUACCGGCUUUAUUCAUUGGGAUUAAUGUUGGGCUUUAAUUUUGAUUUAAGGGACUGUUAAACUAUAUGAAGUGUACUCUUUUAUUCCAUUUGUGUAAUUCAUUUAUUGUUGAAAAUGUAGCCCUAAAUGAACCUUCUCCCUAAUGAAACACUGAUAGGAUAUUUUUGUUUCAUUGUCUUCCCAUUCAAGAGAAAAAGAUUGUUCAGACUGCUUUACACCUGAUUGACACCCACCCUUGCUGCAUCUGUUUAAUAUGUUGUGGCCCAGUGCCUUAACUCUUCUGGAUACAUAACAUUUGUGGACAUGUUAACUGUGUACAGCUUUGUGGAGAUUGUCAAAACAUAGACCUGAGUCUCCAGGAUAGUACUGUUAGCAUUGUGUGAAACUACUACCAUGUGCCUUUGCUGAUGCUUUACCACUAUUAUUCUCAUAGGCACAACCCUUUGUCUUUGACUGUGAUGUUCUGAUUCAUGUUCGUGUCUUUUCUGUUGUCUUACUGUUAUGUAAAUAUAUAUCUACAUAUACCAGUCACAUACUUUUCUAAAAUAAAGUAUACUAACACAAGCUGUAUUACAAAGUCUACAAACUCUUAUGUACAGUGUUGUUUUUGUUGAUGAAAAUAUUUCGUUAACGCCCCUAUUUUUCCACAACGAAGACAUAACGUUGAAGAGCUAAACAAGUCUUUGAUGACUAGAAUGUGUGUUUAUGUUGAUGACGAAAACGUUAGUGGUGGACGACGAAAACGAGUUGCAAAAUUUAUGAGCAUUUUGUCAAACGCUAAACAUAUUCUGCGGUGUUGUUUUCGUUGACAAUGACAUUGACGAAAUAUUUUCGUCAACGAAAACAACACUGCUUAUGUAAGACAGAAACAGCACACUACAAGGAAAUUAUUCGCUCACUGCAAUGUUUAUAAAUAUUCAACCACAGGCAGUUCAAAAAAUAAAACAGACUUGACAGAA